AAGUAAAUUACUAUAUAGUUUUCUUUUAGAUAUGCUUACACUUGUAAUAAUCACUUGUAUUUGGUCUUGUAAAAUAUUUUAACCUUUUUAAUCUGUAUGUACUUGAACAUUGCAUGCUGUAAAAUCAAUGUAACUUUGGCAAAAAUUGCAGCUAAUGCGAUAAUGUGAUUUGCACAACUUCAUCAAUUAGCUGAACAUUAUAAGAUUCAGAAGUUCUGAGAAUCAUGAAGAAUUUUCUAAAAAGACCUUGAAAGAUAAUUUAACCUCCGAAUAAAUACUUAUUUACGGAUAUUCUAUUGCUUCAAGCCAAUGAAGAAAUCUAAGAAUAAAAUGGAUGAAUCCUCCGGCAUGUAGUAACGAAGCAUAUAUACCUACUUCUGUAGAACACAUGGCAAAUGUAGCUACUCAUGGGAUUUGGGUUGUACCAUCAGUUAUAGGUAGCAUGGAAUUGGUUCGCCGCUCUAUGACAUGGACCCAAUUGGUAUCAGCUUAUGUAUAUGGCACAUCCUUGAUUCUUAUUUUUACGGUCUCAACAUUUUUCCAUAGUGUACAUUACUGCAAUAAUAAUAGACACCUUAAAGAAACACUUCAUCGUUGUGAUCGUGCCAUGAUUUACAUUUUUAUUGCUGCUAGUUAUUUUCCUUGGUUAAAUGUAGAUCACUUUCCAAAUGAUGAAUUAUUAUUUACAAUGCGUUAUGUUGUUUGGAUUAUGGCAAUAUUGGGUAUACUGUAUCAACAAAUCUUCCAUGAACAAUAUAAAAUGUUAGAAACAAUUUUUUAUUUAAUUAUAGGAAUUGGUCCUAGUUAUGCAAUUAUUAAUGCAUAUCAUCAAUAUAACAUUACUGAAUUAAAAUUGGGAGGACUGUUUUAUAUUUUUGGCAUUGCGUUUUUUAAAUCUGAUGGAAGAAUACCAUGUGCACAUGCAAUUUGGCACCUUUUUGUUGCUGUAGCAGCUGGUUUUCAUUAUUAUGCCAUAUUAAAUCAUGUCUUUCCUGCAGUCUGUUUGUCAGAUAAUUUUAUGACAGCAGAUGUAUCAUCAUUACCAAAACUGUUAAAAUCUCAUACUGAAGAGUUAUAAAAUCGAAUUUUUUAUUACAUUAAUUUUGUAUCACAUCAAAAUUUUACAAAUGAGAAUUUUUAAUAUAAAAUUGAUAAAAUGGACACAUAGAAGACAUAUGUAUGAAGGUUAACUACGCUUUUUUACAUCUGUUUUUUUCUUUAAUAAGUAUAUUUUACUUAGCUUCACUGGAUUGUAUUCCCAAUAUGGUUGAUUUGUCAAUAUUAUAUUCUAAUGACAAAGUUGAUUCGCCCAUUUUCAGUCGUUUGAGGAUAUUACAUUUUUUACUAAGAUUUAGUAUUAUUCUUUUUCUUUCCAAGAUAUAUUGCCAAGAUAUAGAUACAUUAAAUUUUUUUUCAAUAAUUUGAGCCAAUUUUGAGUUUCAUUGUUAUAUAGUAUCGUCUCAGUAAUGUGUUCAUAUUCCUUCACUGGGACAUAUGAAAUAUGUUCUGAAUACGAUAAAUAGUUAGAUAAUAAAUAAUAGAAGAUCAGCUACAAGUUCAAAUAUCUGAAACUGAGUAUUAACUUGUAUCUGUAAACAAAGUGUGAUAAAUGAAGAUAAACAAAGCUCUACUUUAUAUAUGUACUUUCUAUAUAAUAAUUUGAUUUUAUAUAAAAAGUAUGAUAGCGAGCCAAAGUUUGUAUAAUAAAUCAACAUGUUAGUUAAAUUAGAGACUGACAAAAAUUGUUCAGAUAAAUGGAAUCCUAUUGUAAUAGUAAAUGAUGCCUAACAUUUUAGUAUAAAUUAUUUACUUCCUGUAUAGCAUGUAUUUGUAUAGCAAUUAUU